ACAAAAAAAAAAAAAGCCUUACAAAAAGCAGAAAAAGGAGGCUUGGUUUUCUUUUCCUUCAGGCUUCUGCUAAGCAAGCAUCUUCUUUCCCUCACUUUUUCUCCCUAGUGUUCUUCCUUUCCUUGCUUUUUCUUCUUCUUUUUUCACUAAAUUCUCUCCAUUAUUCAAUCUCAAUAACCUUCACUUCUCUUUCAAUUCUCUCAGAUUUCCACUUCUCAUCCCUCAAGAACCCUAUCCUCUUACCCAAAUCUUUCCCUUCUUUUCAUUCCAGAAAUUUCCCUCAUUCAUAUUUUCUGGGUUUCAUUCAUCAACCCCACAAGAAAAUUCAGUUCCUCUCUCUCUCUCUCUCUGUCUCUCUUGCUUUCUCUCUCUACAUAUAUAUAGUACAUAACUCAUUUUCUUUUAACCUUUGAAUUUUUUCAAUUAUCUAUAUUUGAGCUUCAAAAGACUCUGAAUUUGACACUACCCUGAUCUCAAGUUUUGAACUUUGCUGAAAUCUUUAUUUCUACUUCUUUUUUUUUUAUUUUUUGAAGAAAUUCUGCACACAGCCACUUUUCUCUCUCUUACAGUAAAUAACACUUUUUUUUACUGCGUAAUAUCUGAGCUUCAAAAUGCUCUGAAUUGGGGACUUCCCUGAUCUCGAAUUUCGCUCUGGUGAAAUAUUUUUGUUUUUUCUCCUUGCUAUCAUUGUUCGUUGAAGUAAUUUGAUGGGAAUCUGCCAUGGAAAACCCAUCGAGACCCAGCAGAGUGAGAGAGAAAACCCAGAAUUCCCGAGCGAAGUUCCGUCAUCAACAAACCCCAAACCCUCGAAAUUCCCAUUCUACAGCCCGAGCCCUUUGCAGAGUUGGUUUAAAAACUCGCCGGCGAACUCAAACCCUAGCAGCGUGAGUUCCACACCGUUGAGGAUCUUCAAGCGCCCCUUCCCUCCUCCGUCUCCGGCCAAGCACAUUCGCGCUCUCCUCGCUCGGCGCCACGGCUCCGUGAAGCCGAACGAAGCCUCCAUACCUGAAGGCAGCGAGUGUGAGAUUGGGCUGGAUAAGAGCUUCGGCUUCGCCAAACAGUUCUCGGCCCAUUACGAGCUCGGCGAAGAAGUGGGCCGCGGCCAUUUCGGCUACACCUGCUCCGCCAAGCCCAAGAAGGGCCCCCUCAAAGGCAUCGACGUUGCCGUCAAAGUCAUUCCGAAAUCCAAGAUGACUACAGCAAUUGCCAUAGAGGAUGUAAGGAGAGAAGUGAAGAUAUUGCGGGCUCUAACUGGACAUAAGAAUCUGGUGCAAUUCUAUGAAGCCUAUGAAGAUGAUGAAAAUGUUUUUAUAGUUAUGGAGUUGUGCAAAGGAGGGGAAUUGCUAGAUAGGAUUCUUUCCAGGGGUGGAAAGUACCCAGAAAACGAUGCCAGAGUAGUUAUGAUCCAAAUAUUAAGUGUUGUAGCAUUUUGUCAUCUGCAGGGUGUUGUUCACCGUGAUCUCAAGCCAGAGAAUUUUCUUUUCACUUCUAAGGAUGAAAAUUCCACGUUGAAGGCCAUUGAUUUUGGAUUGUCUGACUAUGUGAAGCCAGAUGAGAGGUUGAAUGAUAUUGUUGGAAGUGCUUAUUAUGUAGCUCCAGAAGUUUUGCAUAGAUCUUACGGGACAGAAGCAGAUAUGUGGAGCAUUGGUGUCAUUGCUUAUAUUCUUUUAUGUGGGAGCCGUCCCUUUUGGGCUCGGACUGAAUCAGGUAUAUUUCGGGCUGUACUCAAGGCAGAUCCAAGUUUUGAUGAAGCUCCUUGGCCUUCUUUAUCUGCUGAUGCUAAAGAUUUUGUAAAGAGGUUGUUGAACAAGGAUUAUCGUAAAAGGUUGACAGCAGCUCAGGCACUAAGUCAUCCAUGGCUGGUGAAUCAUCAUGAUGAUAUGAGGAUACCUUUGGAUAUGAUAAUCCACAAGCUUGUUAAAGCUUACAUUUGCUCAUCUUCUUUACGUAAAUCUGCUUUACGGGCUCUUGCAAAGACAUUAACAGUAGCUCAGCUAGCUUAUCUCAGAGAUCAAUUUACUCUGUUAGGACCAAACAAGAGUGGAUUAAUCUCUAUGCAGAACUUUAAGACGGCUGUUCUGAGGAGCUCCACAGAUGCUUCAAAGGAUUCAAGGGUCUUAGAUUACGUGAAUAUGGUUAGUUCUAUCCAAUAUAGGAAACUAGAUUUUGAGGAAUUUUGUGCUGCCGCUAUAAGUAUGCACCAACUAGAGGGAAUGGAGAGCUGGGAGCAGCAUGCAAGGCGAGCCUAUGAGCUUUUUGAAAAGGAAGGAAAUAGACCAAUUAUGAUUGAGGAACUUGCUUCGGAACUUGGGCUUAGUCCAUCAGUACCUGUUCAUGUAGUACUUCAAGAUUGGAUAAGGCACUCAGAUGGGAAGCUUAGUUUCUUGGGGUUUGUCAGGCUUCUGCAUGGGGUUUCUUCCCGUGCAUUUCAGAAGGCUUGAACGAAUAGUUGCUAUUAUUUUUUCUUGCCCGUUACCUUUAAAUAUUUUGAUAGGAUAAUGCUUUAGCUACCCUCCAUCAGCAGACCUCAAUGAUGGCUUCUGCAAGUUGAAGGCAGUGGCUGAUAGGAAUUUGUUGCUGAUGAAGCUGUAUGCAACAUCUUCAUGUAUCAAUCCCACUUUUCCAAAAUUUACCAACACAACCUUCUCCCCACCUUGUUCUCACUCACUUUAGGUUGGUGGUUCUGAAGUUAGAGGCUUGUACAGAUGAAAACUAGACCACAAAUUGUACCUAGAACCAUCAGAACCUCUGAAAAAUGAUGAUUCUCUUCGCAUGUUACCCAUGGCACCUUUCAAUAAACCUUCUUAUCACGUGAACUCCUUGAUAGUUGACAGUUUUUUUAGCUUUUUUGUUGUUGUAUUUACAUGUUAUUAUUCCAGGCCACAAGUGAUGGUACCUUUUAUAUACAAUAGCUUUAUGGAGUUUUCAAUCUAUAACUUAUUCCAAACUA